CACAGGACGCACAUGACGCUUUACAGAGCAGUGUGACCCCAGCUCUAGUAUUAGGCAUGGAGGCUCAGACUAAAACCAGAGUGGUCCUGCUGGCCUGUGGCUCCUUCAACCCCAUCACCAACCUGCACCUGAGGAUGUUUGAACUGGCUCGAGAUCACCUGGAAGACACAGGUCAGUACAGGGUGGUGAAAGGCAUCAUCUCUGCAGUGGGUGAUGCCUAUAAGAAGAAGGGUUUGAUUGAGGCCUGCCACCGUCUGGAGAUGGCCAGACUGUCCACGGAGAACUCCGACUGGAUCACAGUAGAUUCGUGGGAGAGCUCACAGCCUGAGUGGUUGGAGACUGCAAAAGUGGUUCGGCAUCACUAUGAGGAACUACAUACAGCAGAGCAGUACAAUGAUGAUGUGGACACUGUCAAGUAUGCAAAAAAGAGACGCAUGCAGGAGGAUUCUUUUGAGGGUGCAUCUGAGCACAAAAGGAGAGGCAACACUCAUCUGAUGCUGCUGUGUGGGGCUGAUGUCCUGGAGUCCUUUGGGAUCCCCAAUCUGUGGAAACAGGAGGAUAUCGCUGAGAUUUUGGGCCGCUAUGGUUUGGUUUGCAUCACCCGCAGCGGCAGCGACCCCUACAAGUUCAUCCACCAGUCAGACAUGCUGUGGAAGUAUCGCAAGAACAUCCACGUGGUCCAUGAAUGGGUGACUAAUGAGAUUUCCGCCACUCACGUGCGCCGGGCUCUUCGUCGAGGACGGAGCGUCAGGUACCUGCUGCCAGACAGUGUGGUUGACUACAUUCAAGAGCACGGCCUCUACACUGCCGAGAGCGAGCAGAAAAAUGCUGACGUGGUUCUAGCACCGUUUCAGAGAUACACAAGCACAUCGUCAAGCUGAGGAUGUUUACUGCUGCAGCUUUAAAAACAGAAGCAUAAGCUGUCUGCACUAAGUGCCGUGAGUUUACUGUGAACUGGAAACAAAUGAGACACAUCAAACAGUUAAUUUAAACUUCCACCAGUGCCUGCUCUACAGAAUAGUCAUUUUUAAAAUGUGUGUGUUUGUGUGUGUGUUUUUAAGAAGAUCGCUCAGACUUUCCAGUGUGAAGUGAUUUAGUAAUUGUUUUGUUAUUAGUUGUAAUUGCUACAAAUUAUCAUGUGUGUAUGGGAUAGUACAUGAGUAAGAAACUGAAUAACUGAGUACAAUAGUAGUUAAACCAGCUUUCAGGUCAACUAAAUGUCAUUGCUACAUUCUGGUGUGUGUUUAUUGAACUAGAGAUUCACAAUUUUGUGUGAAAAAGUCAGUGUACAUUUUGUUUGGUCUUGCAAAUAGGAGCAGGAACAAAUUAAUUUCCACUUGUUUCACCACGGUUUCUUUUUUCACUUGCUUCAGCAUUCACCUCCAGACACAUCUCAUGUUUUUUUACCUCAAGCAGGGUUUUGUCUAUGCACUCCCUCAGGCAAACACAGGCAUUAAUCACUCAGUGCUGCGGAUACCAAAGUGAAAGAGUGAUUUGUAUUGACUGCAAAUUGAAUAAA